GAGCGACGGGGGUUUCCUUGUCUUUGACUGGAGACCGUCGAGCAGGAGAGGCGGACGAUGACAGCAUCCGUUGCUGUUAUUCAGCCUUCACACAUCUCAAUGAGCUGCCCGCACAGAGGCCACUGAUCGCCGCUGCGUGUCCCGCAGGGGCAGACAUCCCGUGGGCUCCCUGUCUCUCUGCCUCCACCAUGGUGCUAGGGAAGGUGAAGAGCUUCACGGUGAGCUACGACUGUCUCCAUGACAGCAACGUGCCCGUGUUCUCCAGCGGGGACUGCGUCUCGGGCCGGGUGGUCAUCGAAGUCACCGGAGAGAUCCGAGUCAAGUCCCUCAAGAUCCACGCCAAGGGAUUUGCAAAAGUUCGCUGGACCGAGUCGAGGAACGCAGGCUCCAACACUGCCUACACGCAGAACUACACAGAAGAAGUGGAGUACCUGAAUCACAAGGACAUCUUGAUCGGGCACGAAAGAGACGAUGACAACUCGGAGGAAGGGCUCACCACUAUCCCUUCAGGAAGACAUGAGUAUGCAUUCAGCCUCGAGCUUCCACAGACACCUCUGGCUACCUCUUUCGAAGGGAAACACGGCAGCGUGCGCUACUGGGUAAAGGCAGAACUUCACAGACCGUGGCUCCUGCCCAUGAAGACCAAGAAGGAAUUUACGGUCUUUGAGCACAUUGACAUCAACACUCCACUAUUGCUGUCACCACAGGCCGGCACAAAAGACAAGACACUUUGCUGCUGGUUCUGCACCUCAGGUCCUAUUUCCCUAAGUGCCAAAAUUGAAAGGAAGGGAUACACCCCAGGAGAGUCGAUCCAGAUCUUUGCAGAGAUCGAGAACUGCUCGUCCCGCAUGGUGGUGCCAAAGGCAGCCAUCUACCAGACCCAGACCUUCUAUGCCAAAGGGAAGAUGAAGGAAGUCAAGCAGCUGGUGGCCAACCUGCGGGGAGAGUCUUUGUCCUCGGGCAAAACAGAGACCUGGAGCGGCAAGAUGCUGAAGAUCCCGCCUGUGUCGCCCUCCAUCCUGGACUGCAGCAUCAUCCGAGUGGAGUACUCGCUCAUGGUAUAUGUGGACAUACCCGGAGCGAUCAACCUGUCCCUGAACCUGCCCCUGGUCAUCGGAACCAUCCCUCUCCACUCCUUCGGUUCCCGCACUUCCAGUGUGAGCAGCCAGUGCAGCAUGAGCUGGCUGGGCAUGGGCCUGCCUGAGAGACCAGAAGCUCCUCCUAGCUAUGCAGAAAUUGCGACAGAAGAGCAGAGGCAGAGCAGUUUAGACGUCCCAGCAGCCCGUGAGGAUCUGGAUGGACCACUCUUCGCCUAUAUCCACGAGUUCCGCUUCCAACCUCCUCCUCUGUACUCUGAGAUUGAUCCAAACCCAGAUCACGUCAGCCGCACGGAGGAGCGCAGGCUCGAUGCUUGUCCAUCACGCUGAAGGGUGUUCCUGAAAUUCUCCUGAUCGAUUUUCAGGAACUCACAGAAACCUGUUUUCUAGGCUUGGCUUUGUUUAGUUCUCUCCAACGACGAUGUUAACCCUACGCUGUUGACAUCAGGAGAAAAACAAAGUAUCCAACCAACCAACUGACGAAAUCUUGGACAAAUACCC